UGUUAAUGAUAGAGAGAUAUCAAUUAGUUUCCGUUGAUAUCGUAUCAGUUACUGAAAAUCAAACUACUACGCGCCGCUGACCAUCGUUAAAAAACAGCGCACUUGGCCCGUUUUUUGGAUUACGCGCUCCUUCUAAGCAAGUUUGUGACUUUUAGUCAUUUCGACUAUGGCUGUUGCCCAACCAGACAAACUCUACAUGCAAUUAAGUGCAGCGGAACUAGCGGCCAUCAUUAUGAAAGAUUCACCCAAUUCAAACGACCGUGAUGCGGGUUUUUGUUCCGCCAGCUCGGAAAGCGAAGGCGGCGACGAUUUAGCCGUUGAGCAAACGCGCAGUGGCAGUCCCAACAUCGAACUAAAAGGAACUGAAGACUUCGGAACAGCAGACUCUAAGCCAAUAGCACUAAUCCGCAACAAACGCAAGAGUACGGAACCUUCGAAAGUUGUGGGAUCGAUGACGUCCACAUUUGGACAAGCCAACGCUUGUCCUUCCUCCUGCGCGAGUAUUGCUGCAACAGGCCCGCUUAAGAAACGCAUACGCUAUACCUCUUCUGCUGAUUCAGCAGUGGUUUUGACACCUACAAGCUAUAGCCCCAGUCGUAGUGUGCCAACCCCGUUAAGCUUGGAACACGAGAUCAUACCAAAUCCGGCCCAUAUAUUUGUUCGUCACCCAGGCGUCACUACUCUGCACCGCACGUUCGCCACGCAUCCAGAGCAGAAAGAACCCCUAGAAUUGGUGACAAAGAAACCACAGCAGCUAAUUGAAACAGAAAAAAAAUCGGAGACUUACUCCACAAUGCAGAACAGAAAACCACAAAAUCCAAAAAAGACAUUGCACAAAAAAAUGGCGAAAGAAGCAAUCGCGGCAUCAUUGAUUGAUGCAAAUCUUAGCGAUGAGGACAUGUGCAAGGUUGGGUCGGGGUCCGAUACUUCUACAUUGCGUCCGCACUCGCACCAACGCAAUUAUAAAAACAUGACGCGGGAGCGCCGCAUUGAGGCGAAUGCGCGGGAGCGGACUCGAGUGCACACUAUUUCUGCCGCCUACGAGACGCUACGACACGCCGUUCCAGCAUAUGCCAGCACUCAGAAGCUAUCCAAGCUCUCUGUGCUGCGAGUAGCUUGUUCCUAUAUACUGACCCUCAGCCGUAUGGCUGGUCAGGACUACAGCGCUGAUCAAUCGGAGCCGUCCAUUGCCGAUUGCAUCGAGGCCGUCACAUCAACUAUUCAAACGGAAGGAAAGGUGAAGCGCAAGAAAGACGAGUAAUCGGUAUAGUUUACCAACUCUGAAAGACUUUUAUUGGGACUGAUUACUGCUCAUGUUACUGUUAGUCGCGUGUGUUUGAUUGUGGGUCAGUUUGACAUACUGUACUCAUAACCACACGUUCUAGGUUUUAGGUAUAGUUGGGGUCACAAGUGACCGAAUAGCUUUACAAGUUUUUAAAGCUUUGUUUAUAGAGAUAUACACACCAGCUAAUUUGUAAGUAGAGGGUACACAAUAGGCGCGUUAUAUACAUAUUCUAGUGUACAUACAUACUCUUAUGUACAUAUGUAGGUAUGCGUACUUGCCAUAAUUGAUAUUUUUAGAAUCUAAGACCAGCGAUGUGAUCCUAAUUUAA